CCGCCUCCGCCUCCCGCACUCGCCGCACCGCCGCCGGCCGGACGGGCGCCCGCUCCGCCCGCUCCGCCCGCUCUGCCCGCCGCGCGCCUGCCCGCAUGUCGGCGGCCGUGGCGUGCGUGGACUACUUCGCCGCCGACGUGCUCAUGGCCAUCUCCUCGGGCGCCGUGGUGCACCGCGGGCGGCCCGGCCCCGAGGGCACGGGCCCCGCCGCCGGCCGGGAGGUGCGCGCGGCGCGGCGCGAGGCCACCCCGCCCGGGCCCCUGGGGCCACAGCCGCCGCCGCCCGCCGCCGUCCCCCGGCCUGGACCGGCGCCCCCGCCGCGCCCCCACCUGCUGGCCGCCAGCAUCCUGGCCGACCUGCGCGGCGGGCCCGGCGCCGCCUCGGGGGCCGCGUCGCCCGCCUCCUCCUCCUCGGCCGCCUCGUCCCCGUCCUCGGGCCGCGCCCCCGGCGCCGCGCCCGCCGCCGCCAAGAGCCACCGCUGCCCGUUCCCGGGCUGCGCCAAAGCCUACUACAAGUCCUCGCACCUCAAGUCGCACCUGCGGACGCACACAGGUGAGCGCCCCUUCGCCUGCGACUGGCCGGGCUGCGACAAGAAGUUCGCGCGCUCCGACGAGCUGGCGCGCCACCACCGGACGCACACCGGCGAGAAGCGCUUCCCCUGCCCGCUCUGCACCAAGCGCUUCACACGCAGCGACCACCUGACCAAGCACGCCCGCCGCCACCCCGGCUUCCACCCGGACCUGCUCCGGCGCCCCGGCGCGCGCAGCGUCUCUCCCAGCGACUCGCGGCCCUGCAGCCUGGCGGGCAGCCCUGCCCCCAGCCCCGCCCCCAGCCCCGCCCCCGCCGGCCUGUAGGGACGCCCAAGGACCCCCCUGGCCCCGGAGCCCCGCCGAGGACGCGGACCCCGGAGACCCCUGCCCGCGUCGGGAGAGCGAGGACGGGGCCUGAACUGAUGAGGCCGGCCUCGGAGGGGGGCCCUGGGAGGGGUGUGUGUCUGUGUAGCCACAAUCAUUAACUUUUUCUAUCUGCGGGGACCCCAGAGGCCCCCUCCUCUACUUCCUUGCUUCCCCCCUCUCCCCGCCCCGCACUGGAGGGGGGCGCCCCCUCCCCAGUGUUCGGACUCAGCCCCCAGGCCCGCUCCUUGCGAGCUGGGGAUGAAAUGUGUAAAGAGCCAUAGGUGAAGGGGGGGCUACUGUGGGACCCCCACCUGCCCCCCCAACCCCUGCCCCCUCACCCCACCGAAAGCCAUUGGAGACGUUCAGGGAAACGGGGUGCGGCCCGGCCGCUCCCUGCUCGGGUACUCAAUCUCAGGUGUCUCCGUUCUGCUCCCGGCCUCCCCAGGGAGGUGGGCGAGGGUUGCCUCGGGGGUCCCGGUGGGUUCGCUUCUGAGACUUGGGGCGGGGAGGAGGGGCCGAUGGCUUUAUUUAUUUCCCUCUGUCUCUGCUUCCCGGGGCCUCGCUGCCCCGCUCUGGGCGUCUGGGUGUGAGAGACUUAGCGGGGAGGCUGGGCCCGCGGGCCCGGCCGCCCUGCCCCCUCCGGGGUGGGGUCCCCGACUUUGGCCUUCCAGCGUCGUGUGACAAUCAGUUCCCUUGAGCGCGGGACCACGGCCGCCCUCGGGGUGAGUGCACUGCCCUCCCUGCCCGGCAGGUGGCGGCACGGAGCCGGGGCGGGCAGGGCUGGGGCUCCACCCUGCACCCCGGUUCCCUCUGACCCCGGGUGCCUGGAAAGGGGGGCCCGUGGCCGGCCGGUUGGGGCUCCCUGCCGUGCACUUGAAGCAGGGUCGCCUGGCCCCCAGCUUCCUGGGAAAGCUCGUAUUUUUGGACCGUGUAGAAUAUUUUUUCAGGCGCCAAACCCUUGUUUUGGGCCCCCCGUGGGUGGUCCCUUGUCCUCAGGGGGUAUGAAUGUGUGUGUUUUUUUUCGGGGAGGGUCUCUCUGGCCUGAGCGUGGGGGUGGGGUGGGAAGUCACUCCCAGAGGGUAAGGGUCCCACUGUCUUCCCGCAUUCCCUUGGGUUGGAUUUCCUUUUGGACAGGGAGAUUGAGGUCCCCCACUUGCACCCCUAUUCUGCUUUCAGGGUCUGUCCCUGCAUUGGCUAAGGGAAGUUUUUGGUCUGGGACCCUCACUUAGCCCUGAGCUUUCCUGCUUCUCGCUGGGGAACAGGGGGAUUGGGGAGGUGCUGUCUUGCCCCCCACCAGGGAGGAUCCUGCAUGCCCGGCUCCUGGGGGCAUGAAGGGGUGGCAGGGGGGAGCCCUUUUGGAGCUGGUCUCGGGUCCUCCCCAUCCAGCCUCUGGCCCUCAGCCUCCUGGGUACGUCCCUGAAGGCUGGCACCUGUAUCUUCAAACCCCAUCUAUGGGGCAGGAGGGCUGGUGCCAGUUUUCUGUUGUGUCUUUGACUGGAUGUCCCUUUGGUGGGUCCCAGCCCCCACCAGGGCCCAUCUGCAGGUGGGCAGGACUAGGGGUCCGUGGGCCUAGAAAGUUCCCCGACCCCUCUGCACCCCCCUCCCCCAUCUCCAGGGAACUGGAGAGGCCCCCAGGGGCAGGCAGGCCUUCAGACCUGGCUCCAGCCAUUUGGUGACCUCCGGAGGUGGGCCGGGGAAGGAGGGCCCCAAGGGACUUGUGCUUUCUGUGGGUGGGCUCCGCCUCCCUCCCCUUCCCCCCCACGCCCCCGCCAGGCCUCUUCCUUGUAUUUAAAUUAAACACCCUCUUUUCUAAACCCUU